AUGAACGUAACAAUAUCCAUCAUCACAAUAGCCCUUAUCCUAUCCAUACUCCUAAUAAUACUAAACUACUGAUUAACACUAAUAAAGCCAGACAACGAAAAAUUAUCCCCAUAUGAAUGUGGAUUCGACCCAUUAGAAUCAGCUCGCCUACCAUUCUCAAUCCGAUUCUUCCUCGUAGCAAUUUUAUUCCUACUAUUCGACCUAGAAAUCGCACUACUCCUACCCCUACCAUGAGCCAUCCAACUCCCAUCCCCAACUCUCACCUUCACCUGAACCUUUAUUAUUUUACUACUCCUAACACUAGGCCUUAUCUACGAAUGAAUCCAAGGAGGCCUAGAAUGAGCAGAAU